UGGCAGCGAAGCAAGGACCCGCUGCGUUGUUUGGGGGCUCCGUGGGACUAAAGGGGGAGGGGAAGGCGGCCGGGAGAAACAAAUAGUAGGUAGCGGAGCCUGCGCGCGGCCCCCGCGGCCGGCCUGCGUGCGUACGUGCGUGCGCUCGCUCGCGCGGGCUCAGUGCUGGCGCGUGAGGCGGAGGCGGGCGGCAGCGGCGCCUGCGCGGUCGGGCUCGGUCGACGGUUCGCAGGGGAGGAGGCGGCGGGAGGCGGAGGAGGCGGCGGCAGCGAUGGAGGUGAAGCGGCUGAAAGUGACCGAGCUGCGGUCGGAGCUGCAGCGGCGGGGCCUGGACUCGCGCGGCCUCAAGAUGGAUCUGGCGCAGCGGCUGCAGGAGGCGCUGGACGCUGAGAUGCUCGAGGACGAGGCCGGCGGCGGCGGGGCCGGGCCCGGCGGGGCCUGCAAGGCGGAGCCUCGGCCUGUGGCCGCGUCGGGCGGCGGCCCGGGCGGGGACGAGGAGGAGGACGAAGAGGAGGAGGAGGAGGACGAGGAGGCGCUGCUUGAGGACGAGGACGAGGAGCCACCCCCUGCCCAGGCCCCGGGCCAGGCUGCGCAGCCGCCGCCGGAGCCCCCGGAGGCGGCGGCCAUGGAGGCCGCGGCCGAGGCCGAUGCUCCCGAGCAGCCGGCGGAGGAGGCCCCGGCCGAGUCAGGUGGGGUAAAUGGUGGCGAAGAGCAGGGCACCGGCAAGGGGGAGGAAGACGAGCCUGAGGAGCGGAGCGGGGACGAGACGGCGGGAUCCGAGGCGCCGGGCGAGAAGGCCGCAGAGGAACAGGGAGAUGACCAAGAUAGUGAAAAGUCAAAACCAGCAGGCUCAGAUGGUGAGCGGCGGGGGGUAAAGAGACAGCGGGAUGAGAAGGAUGAACAUGGCCGAGCUUACUAUGAAUUCCGAGAGGAGGCUUACCACAGCCGCUCCAAGUCUCCGCCACCCCCUGAAGAAGAAGCAAAAGAUGAGGAAGAGGAUCAGACGCUUGUGAACCUGGACACGUAUACCUCGGAUCUCCAUUUUCAAGUGAGCAAAGACCGUUACGGAGGGCAGCCACUUUUCUCAGAGAAAUUCCCCACCCUUUGGUCCGGGGCAAGGAGUACUUACGGAGUGACAAAGGGGAAAGUCUGCUUUGAGGCCAAGGUAACCCAGAAUCUCCCGAUGAAGGAAGGCUGCACAGAGGUUUCUCUCCUUCGAGUUGGCUGGUCUGUUGAUUUUUCCCGUCCACAGCUUGGUGAGGAUGAAUUCUCUUACGGUUUUGAUGGACGAGGACUCAAGGCAGAGAAUGGGCAGUUUGAAGAGUUUGGCCAGACCUUUGGGGAGAAUGACGUCAUUGGCUGCUUUGCUAAUUUCGAGACGGAAGAAAUAGAACUCUCCUUCUCCAAGAAUGGAGAAGACCUAGGUGUGGCAUUCCGGAUCAGCAAGGAGUCCUUGGCAGACCGGGCGCUCCUACCCCAUGUCCUCUGCAAAAAUUGUGUUGUGGAAUUAAACUUCGGUCAGAAGGAGGAGCCCUUCUUCCCACCGCCAGAAGAGUUCACGUUCAUCCAUGCCGUGCCUGUCGAGGAGCGGGUGCGCACUGCAGUCCCCCCCAAGACCAUCGAGGAGUGUGAGGUGAUUCUGAUGGUGGGGCUGCCUGGAUCUGGAAAAACCCAGUGGGCACUGAAAUAUGCAAAAGAGAACCCUGAGAAAAGAUACAACGUCCUGGGAGCGGAGACUGUGCUCAAUCAGAUGAGGAUGAAGGGACUUGAGGAGCCAGAGAUGGAUCCCAAAAGCCGAGACCUUCUAGUUCAGCAAGCCUCCCAGUGCCUUAGUAAGCUGGUCCAGAUUGCUUCCCGAACAAAGAGGAACUUCAUUCUUGAUCAGUGUAACGUGUACAACUCGGGCCAGCGGCGGAAGCUGUUGCUGUUUAAGACUUUCACACGGAAAGUUGUGGUGGUCGUCCCUAAUGAAGAAGAUUGGAAGAAGAGGCUGGAGCUGAGGAAGGAAGUGGAGGGAGAUGAUGUGCCUGAGUCUAUAAUGCUGGAGAUGAAAGCCAAUUUCUCUCUGCCUGAGAAAUGCGACUACAUGGAUGAGGUGACAUACGGGGAGCUGGAGAAGGAGGAGGCCCAGCCCAUCGUCACCAAGUACAAGGAGGAGGCCAGGAAGCUGCUGCCACCCUCCGAGAAGCGGACAAAUCGCCGAAACAAUCGGAACAAGCGCAACCGGCAGAACCGAAGCCGAGGCCAAGGCUAUGUGGGCGGGCAGCGCCGAGGCUACGACAACCGGGCCUACGGGCAGCAGUACUGGGGGCAGUCUGGAAACAGAGGGGGCUACCGUAACUUCUACGACCGAUACCGGGGCGACUACGACCGGUUCUACAGCCGAGACUACGAGUACAACAGAUACCGAGACUAUUACAGACAGUACAAUCGGGAUUGGCAGAAUUACUACUACCACCACCCCCAGGACAGAGACCGAUAUUACCGGAACUACUACGGUUACCAAGGGUAUCGGUGAAGCCCCUGCCAUGGUCGCCUGUCAGCCACGAAGCUGAGUCUCGGGGUGCCAGGCACCCCCCCAAAAAAAACACAACCAAGGAAAACAGGGGCUGUCGGGGUGGGGCUGAGCUGCCGGGGAGGGGUGGUGGGGGGGAGGGUGCGCAAGCAGGGGUGGGGGAGGGGGGAGGUGGAAACAAACAACGAAACUGUACAUUUUUUUUAAAGUUUGUUGAAAAGAAUAUUGUCUUAUUCUAUAAAACAUUUCAAACCUAGUUAGAUAUUUGUAAUCAAAAAAAAAAAACCACACAUUUGCGCAGAAAGCAGCACUUAGGGCUGCCUGUCCCAUACCCUGCAGUUGGACGGGACAAGAACGGAAAGUGUCACCCUUCUGACGUUCUGAGGCAGCCGGAUUGGUGGCCCAGAGGAGGGGGCGCGGUGGGUGGCGUGGAGAGGAGGGCGCUCUCCAGAGCAGGCAGCAGCGGGGGCCGAGGGACAGCUUGUGACCGGGGCAGUGAAAAUAAACGAUUGGCUCUUCUCAAUCACUUGCACCAACUAACCGUUUGUAUUUUCUUUACCGACCUUUUCCCUCCCGGGAUAUCUGGUCCGGUGGGCUGGGAGGCCAAAGCAUCCCUCUCUCUCUCGCUUCCUGUGCCUUCGCGCUGUCUGGCUGAGGCAUGGCGUGUGCGAGUCGGGGGGGGGGGGGUGUUUUCUGUCACAGGCGCCCCAGGCCCCCUAGGUGACGGCGUCGCAGGAGGCUGGGCCUGCAGCCCUCAGCCCGGAGGCGGGACGGGGAGGCUGGAAUCAUCUCUGCUAAGAAUCUCUGUCCUCUUAGUGGUGCGAGAAGGACCGAUUCUCAGGGUUUCCGCGCACAGAACCGAAGCAGGACUCGGCCCCCCUCGCCGCGGCAGAGUCUGUAUAUAGGAGAAUCCUGUGGUGUGGGCGGCCCGGCCCAGGUGCUGAGAGUAGCAGCUAUUUUAUACCGUGUGGAGGGCGCCGGCCCUGCUGGUUCUUUUGAUACACAGUUAGAGGGUGACUAGGAACAGGGCGGGGGGGCGGGGGGGAAGGCAGCUCAGUGGGGCUGCGGAGACGCGGGCGGAGCACGAAUGUGCGUGUGAAAGGGGCACCCCUUCCCGUUACGAGACAGGAUCGCUCCUGGGGUGCUAUCCCUGUGUGUCCCCCAGAGAGGCCUCUAGCCAAGAGACUUCAGUUGGGAUAUAUAUAUAUUAUUUUUUUUGUUUGUUCGUGACUUUACCAACACCCAGUUCUUGCCAAGCAGCUCCCACGUGCUGGGUUCAAGGCCAGGAGCGGGCUAUGGGAAUGCUCCUCACUAUAUAGCUUCAGCGUAACUCACGUUCCUGCUCCGCCUCGUGUCGGCCCAGAGCUUCCGCGGUGCACCCUGCACCCCGCACCCCGCAGCACCCUCCUUCCGGGAGAGCCCUGGGGCGUGCUGGAAAAACGCUUCACUCCCACCUCCUCCCCUGGGCAGUGUCCUUUGACGUUUUUUGUGCUGAGAUUUGCUCUUUCUCUCCCUCCUCCCUGCCGCGAAGCCCUUUUCCAGGCGCGAAAGGCCCUAGUUUCCGGCCCUGCUCGGUGCCCCUGUCUGUGACACACCCUUUGCUCCACGAGUACCUCUGACCCCAAGGCUGGAAUGACGGGGCCGGGAGGAAAGAGGUCAGCUUGCUUGCAGUGGCCUUGCCCUCGGCGCAUGAACUUCGCUGUAACCCACUAACUUUUUUACUAAGGGAGGUGGGGGAAGCUUUGCCCCUCUGCAGGACAAGGAGGUGACUGACUGGUUUCCCAAAGAACUCCGUAAGGACAAGAUUAUGUUAGACUGAGAAAUUGAACUUGAGGCAGAAGCUGCCACCCCUUUAGAACUCGGUCAGCCCUCCGGCAAAUACCAUGUUUCGACAGUGGCAUGGUUUGGGGCUACCGGGACCCUGAGGGACAAAAGCUUCAGCCACCUGGGGGGGGUGACAAGGAGGGAGGGUUGGGGGCGGUACUUGCUGUUAAUUUCCAGCAGUAGCGAGUCCUCUGUUUUAAAAAGCUGUUUUUCUGGGGUGGAAACGGCCACGUCCUUGUCGGUUUAGUCUUGAGACCACUGGCAACAACAGUAGAUGUCUGGGUUUUGUUUCUUUCUCUUGAUUAUGAAAAAACAAUGUUCUUGGGGGGAGUGGAUUAACCAGCGGGAUCGCUAGCCUUGUUUUCCUUAGACUUGUUUAGUGUUUUAUCAGACGUCUGUUGUAGUUGUUGUAGAUGGGAAAGCUUGUGAGAAAAACACCACAUGGAGCCUGUAAAUGUUUUUGCACAACCUGUAAAAAAAAAAGCAUUCUUGGAAGUGGCCAGUAUAAAAAAAAAAAGGGUUUUACCAUUUAAAAAAGAAAAAUGUAACUGUGUCAUUGUUUACAUCUGUAACUUUCCUCCCCUGUUCUCAUUACAACAUUCUGGCAAAAUGUAGGCACAGUAGCUUCCAGUUUUAGAAUAAACGACCAUUUGGAUUGAAUUCA